AUGGCUAUAGCUAUCCUGGGCGGGCGCAGUCGCCACGGCGGCAGGUCCAUCAAGUCGCAUCGAUCGAAAGCUUCCACCAAGCACACGACCACGACCGCGAAGGCUGACGAGGAAGUGGCACCGAAGCCUGACGUCGAAGAGCUACGGCGCCGACGAUUGGCAUACCUCAGUGUAUCACCCGCAGCUCGCAGGAGGCUUUCAGCGUCGUCGACAAAGAAGCCUAACUCCGUAGAAUCAUCAAGAUCGACAGCGGAGAAAGUGUCCAGCGAACACAGACAACGAAAGAGCAAGCACAAGAGUAGCUCAAGCAAUCCUGAGAAGAGCACUAGGCCAGGUCUAGACAGGACUGCGCACUAUGUGUACGGCACAUCGGCAAGCUCGUCUUCGAAGCAGGCAGGUGAAGGAGAUGACAGAGCUCAGUCCAGCCAUGGCAGCCCGCCGAGGCGGCGCAGCUUGCCCACUGUCGUGGAGUCUGAGGUAACGCCCGAUGACAGCAUAUCACAAGUCGGAAUGCGCCCGUCGAAGCGUCCGACGUCACGAAGCUCGCGAGCAUCGGUAACGAGGAACAGUACAUCCGCUGCUAAGCUGGCUUCCAUCGCUGAAGAUGAGCGCGCAAAGACAUCGCCAUCAAAAAGAUCGAGUAAGCGCGACUCCACAUCAUCGUUGCUGGGAUCCCUUCUCCGACGACAUACAGAACCUGCCGUGCCAGUUGCACCUCGUCUCGUGGAGUGCUUGACCUGCGCUGCAGAUGACGUCCCAAUAACAAAGUCUGCGAAGCUAGGUUGCGGCCACAGGAUGUGCCAUGACUGUCUGAAGCGUGUAUUUGAGAUGUCGGUCAAAGAUCCACAAAACAUGCCUCCCAGAUGCUGCACCAACGACCACAUCCCACUGAAAUAUGUCGACCGGCUAUUCGAUCUCAACUUCAAGAUGCUCUGGAAUCGGAAGUAUCAAGAGUACCACACGAAGAACAGAAUCUACUGUCCUAUGCCGAAAUGCGGAGAAUGGAUAAAGCCAUCGCAUGUUCACAGCUAUCAAGGCCGCAAGUUCGCGCAAUGUUCUCGGUGCAACACGAAAGUAUGCACACAAUGCAAUGCGAAGAUGCACAAAUCAAAAGAUUGUCCCAACGAUCCUGAGAUGGCGAAGCUUGUCGCACAGGCAAAAGAGCAAGGAUGGAAGACAUGCUACAACUGUCACGCUAUGGUCGAGCUCAAGGAAGGUUGCAACCAUAUGACGUGCCGCUGUAUGGCAGAGUUUUGCAUGGUCUGUGGCUCAAAGUGGAAGACCUGCGAUUGUCCUUGGUUCAACUACGGUCAAACGCCGGAUGCAGACCGCUUGAACGAGUGGCGCAUACCGGAGCCGAUACAAAUCAUCUACCGGAGAGCAUUCGGUGCGCCAGAACCUGUACAAGGAGGGGAUGUGCCACCUCCACCAGUGGAUGCUGCCGUACCGCGCGAACGAAGACAGCCAACUUACCAAGACGAGCUGGACCAAAGACGCCGCCAGGAACGAGAUGACGAACGUCUUGCAAGGAGACUACAGCUAGCAACAUUGAUCGACCCAGAUGACGAGCCGCGUCAUCAACAACAACGACAGACAGAUGUGGAAGCAUGGGGACUUGGCAACAAUGCUGGACACUUCCUGAACGACAACUUUGUACAAAACGCAGCCAAUGUGGUCAUGAGUGCCUUUGGCGAUGCGGCGAUGGGGAGACGAGGUGAGCGUGCUUCUGGACGAAGACGAAGAGCGAGAGAGACGCAAGAGGCGGAUACUGGACUUGCGCCGAACUUUCUUGGUGAUGAGAGUGUGCUUGGCGUUGGUCCUGCGGAGCCUUCUGGUCGUAGGGGAAGAUGA